GCGUCCUCGACAUCAACUGGGGCGACGCUCGCGACUGCCGUCGAUAGGGUCUUGCCCUCGGGUCGCCGAGAGUCGAUGUCGGCCGAGAGAAUCUCGUGUUCGGCUGCGCAACGGCAGCUCCGCGAUCUCGAUUACGGCAACUCUGGGCUUGUGACGUCAGUGGGUGCGAAAAGAUGUCCGCGUCCAGGCCAGGCGGGGACGGGCGCGCACGGCGGGCGGCGGCUCGUUUUCACCUCUUCUUCCGAAAGCGUCGAUGAACACCGGGGGGAAGAUGCAAAAUACUCCACCGGUCUCGCCGCGCGUUUUCGCGGCCAUACAGACGGUGAAUACCCGGGAGCUGGCCCAGUGCACCGAGCGCGAGGUUCGCCCGAUCCUGCCGUGUUUGGUUAGGAUGAGCCUAAUUGCGCCGCUCGACACUACCAACGAAUGUAUCGAGGCUAGAAAGGAGAUACUCACGAUAUUGUCUGGGAUAGAGUCGGUUAAUUCAAUGGUCGCCCUUUUGUCCAUUGACUUCCAUAGUCUCGAGAUUGAUGUGCGAAGGGAGCAGCAACUUCGGCAGAAGAAGGGGAAUGUACAAGCGGAUAGUAUUUUAGCACAAUCACUACAAAGUGCUCUCAUUUUAGAAUUUGAGCGUAGCGAUGCCAAUCGACGUAUUCGUUUAGUUCUGAGCGAAAUCUUGUUUAUAGCGUCACAAAUACAGGAGCUUCAGAAGAAUCAAGAAUUUCAAAUCAAACAAUCCGACUUGUUCGAUAGUGUUGUGUACAUGGAAGAAAUUAGUUAUAUUAUAUGCAUCGCUCUUGCUGAGUUGCCCGAUCUUUUAUCCAUACCAAACAUAUCCGAAACCCUACUGCACAUAAAACAUGGACCUGAAAUAAUAUGUUGGAUCAUAGCUAAUAAUCCAGAUUGUUUUAUGGAGGUAUGUUCGUUCUUAAUAGCCAAUGGAGAGCGACAAGAAGAAUCUGCAUUAAGUAGUAUAAGAACUCAAACUUUAACGAUGCUGUGCCAAAUGAAUCCGAGUCAAGCACUUGUAAUACGUGCAAAGUGCAUUGAACUUUGCAGGAUGCCAGCUUUGGCAAUAACUUUAAGUUUAGAAAAUGAUGGUAUACACGAUUCGAUGGCAGAAAGCGAUAUAGUUGCUUUUGUUUCCGGUCUUCUACUUGGUAACGAUGUACAGGUUAGAGCGUGGAUCGCAAUGUUUAUAAGAAAUGGACAGAAAAGAAAAUGGGAGUCGCAUACUGCCCUUCAGGCACUGAGAGACGAAUUGCUGAGAAGAUUGCAAGCGAUAACUGCACAUAGCUCGGACGGACAGCUAGCGGAGUGUAGAGUAGUACAGGCUAGCGCUCUGCUGAGGUUGUAUUGUGCCCUACGUGGUAUUGGCGGUAUAAAGUACCAGGACGAGGAGGUCACAAUGAUUGUUAAACUGCUGACGUCUCACCCACCUCCCUCCCCAGCCGGAGUCAGAUUCGUUUCUCUAGGCCUGUGCAUGCUCAUAGCUUGUCCAUCCCUGAUUGGUCAUCAUAGUCUUGAAAAGCCGAGCAUCGAGUGGGUGCAGUGGCUGGUUCGCGAGGAGGCCUAUUUUGAGAGUGCCAGUGGAGUAUCGGCGAGCUUCGGCGAAAUGCUCCUCCUCAUGGCAAUUCACUUUCACAGCAAUCAAUUGUCGGCUAUUUGCGAGUUAGUUUGCGCAACUCUAGGCAUGAAGAUACCUAUUAGGCCAAACAACCUGACUCGCAUGAAGCAGAUCUUCAUGCAAGAGAUCUUUACGGAGCAAGUGGUAACGUCCCACGCGGUCAAGGUGCCUGUGACUGCCAAUCUUAACGCCAACAUACCGGGCUUCCUGCCCGUCCACUGCAUACAUCAGCUACUGAAAUCGCGGGCCUUCGCCAAGCACAAAGUGCCCAUAAAGAACUGGAUCUAUCGCCAAAUAUCGGACAGUGUGCCACCCCUUCAUCCGGUAUUACCGGCUCUCGUUGAGGUGUACGUCAACUCAAUUCUUGUAACCAACAAUAAGGCUGUUGAGCAUACAAACAAGCCAAUUACCGAGGACGAGAUCAGACGGGUUUUCCAAAAUAGCGUAUUUGGAGCAAAUUUUGACUUAAAGAGGAAAGGUGGUGGACGCUUCGUAGAUUCAGAGAUCGAGUGCAAGAAGGUCGUGGACGUACCGCGACCUUCUUUAACCUCUCAAUUAUUGCUCCUAUACUACUUACUACUGUACGAAGACGUACGAUUAGCAAACAUGCACAGUUUUAUAUCCCAAGGCAGGAAGGUCAAGUCGUAUUCAACUGAGUUCCUGUCCGAGCUGCCUAUAAAGUACCUGCUUCAGCAGGUACAGAGGGACCAAAUGAGCUACGCAGGCCUCUUUUCUCCUCUUCUGAGGUUGCUGGCGACGCACUUUCCCCAUCUGUCGUUAGUUGAUGAUUGGCUCGACGACGAGGCCAUAAACGUUGACACCGGUGCUAGGAAUCACGAGACCAUCGUUAUUAAUGAGUCGACUAUCAAAGAGGCAUUUGAUCAUAUACAAAAUUGUCCAUCGAAAACCGGUAUGCUACUUAGGCAACUUAUGUCGAUGAAACCUACCGAUAUUUGGCCCUAUGCCAAAACUAUCGUCCAGUACUUCAAAAAGAUUUUGGACGAAAGGAUACCUAGAUAUAUACAAGAACUUUAUCAGCAAGUAUGGUUGAGGUUAAAUACAGUACUGCCUCGUUGCCUAUGGGUACUUUCGAUAAAUGCACUAUUUAUAGAAAAUUCAGCGGUGGCAACCGUUUUCCUUACGCAAGAAAACAUCGUUCUUGAUCCACUUCAAGUUUUACGUUGCGAUAUGAGGGUAUUUCGCUGUGCACCUGUUUUAUCUGUGAUACUUAGAAUUUUACAAGCAACAUUGGCGGCAUCUCGAUCUCAGUUAUCCAGGCACAUGCAAGACAGACCUUUAACGGAAAAAAUUGGACAAUUGACCAGCGAAGUUGAACGGGAGGAACUUAAGACGGCCCUAAUAGCUGGCCAGGAGAGUGCUGCCGUACAAAUUUUAUUGGAGGCAUGUCUCGAAACGGAAGAGGACAGAACGAUUGCUGGUCAAAUGUGGUCCCUCAGAGAAAUAAGAAGCGUUGUUUGUUCUUAUCUCCAUCAAGUCUUCAUCGCUGAUCCUUCUCUUGCAAAAUUGGUUCAUUUUCAGGGCUACCCUAGAGAACUAAUACCAGUUACAGUAGCGGGGAUCCCAUCUAUGCACAUAUGCCUCGAUUGGAUACCAGAGCUGAUGGCCCAACCUGAAUUGGACAAGCAGGUCUUCGCCGUAGACCUCGCUUCGCACUUAGCCGUCCAAUACGCGUUGCCCAAGGCUCUGUGCGUCUGUCGAUUGGCAAUAAACACCUUAGGGACAUUGCUCGGCGCACUGCCAUCCAAGGAUCGCGUUUCCCUUUUCAUGCCCAUUUUAUCGGCUCUAACGAGGAUUGGAUUUGCCUUUCCGCCCCUCGUCGACGGCGCUAUCGAUCUCCUAGUGCAGCUCGGCAGAGUUAGCUCGGCUCAAGCGGCCCUCGGCGACGAGUCCGCCGAGAUCCUCUGCCAGGAGGUCAAUGCGACCUUUUCGUGCCUGCUGCAAAAGGCCGUUCUUCAGUCGAGUGUUUAUUAAUAUACGUUUCCUUUUGCAUUUUGAGUUUUGGAUUUCCAUGCAUUUUUUUGUUUGCUUCCUUUUAAAUUUCAAGUUAAAAAUUAAUCUUUUUACGGAUUUUGUUUGUUUGUCGAGUAAGAAGAGUAAGCUCAAUAACGAUACG